AUGACUUGCGCGAAUGACGUUUUCUUCUCUACCCUCUCCUCAACAAAGGCCAAGGGAGAGACUGCAACCCAUUUCUUUGGUAGCUCUUUUGAUUUCCCAAGGAUAGCAGUAACUGGGUCAAAGCCUGCUUUCUUCGCUUCGCAAAUGAGAGAGGAAGUCAGAGGAAAAAUAACAUACAAGCACGGAAGCGUAUGGAUUGAAACUUUAGACGCAUACAAAUUAGCACGCCCAGUGGGACAAUCUUUACCUAUCAUCUCUUCUCUUCAAGAAAAUCAAAGUUCAAAAACGCCGAGAUGA